AUGGACGUUGCAGAUGCAGAGCUUGGCCUUAACAACUUCACGAACGACCACAUUAUCCUAAUCACCAGUGCAGACCAACCAAACUCCAUACUCAAACCCUCUCCCGCCGCAACUGCCGCCGCCGCCACCAAACCAACCCUCCAAACCCCGUCCCGAACCAAAACCCUCCGCCGCCUCGCCUUCUCCAAACCCAAGUCCCGCUUCUCGGAACCCGCCACCUUUCCAUUGCCACCCAAACCCACCACCACCAUCUUAGAAGAUCCCAACGAACUCCGGCCGUUAAACCCACCAGAACCCACCAGCACCACCUCUACCUCCUCUUCCGAUGAGGACGACGAUGAUGACGAAUGGGCCGACGGCGACGAAAGUGAACAGCAGAGAAAGCACCGGAGGUGGCGCCGCAACAACAAGGUCAACAAGCGAGCCGCCAUCGAGUGGACUCUCUUCCUCAUCCUCACCACCUGCCUCGUCUGCUCCCUCACGAUCCAGCCCCUCGCUCGCCGCCCCGUCCUUGGCCUCAAGCCGUGGAAGUGGUGCGUCAUGGUCCUGGUCCUGUUCUGCGGCCGCCUCGUCUCCGGAUGGGCCGUGGGGAUCCUCGUCUUCCUCAUCGAGCGCAACUUCAUGCUCCGCGAGAAGGUCCUCUACUUCGUGUAA